AUGGAGGGCGAACCCAAGCUUCCGCCCAGCUGGGCCGCUUCCAUAGGUUUGGGAGCUGCUGAUGCCGCCAAAAACGAGCUGAAAGCCGUCAGGCAGCAGCUGGAGGAGGCUUUGGCACAGAACAAGCUCCUCCGGGCAAAGGCUGACAGUUCGAGGGGCUCUGAUGAUGCUACGAGGGAGAGAGAUGCUUGGAGACGGCGAGCGGAGAAGGCUGAGAAGAAGGUGGAGGCAUUGACGAAGCGAAGACCGCUUCCCAAGAAUGCCGCGCAUGCAAGGUUGCUGCGCAGAUUGAAGAGAAACAUCGCGCGCGAGAUGCGUGAUGCUGAACAGGGCUUUGUUAUCAACAAAGUCACGGAAAAACAUGGGAAGACAGAGGUGCGUCGCGUGGCCGUUUGCCCGCACAUGCUGGUGCUCAAGUGGUGCCAUGCACAUGAAGCCUUUGGCUCAACCUCCAAAUGGCUCGACUUGCGAACAGUCAAAAAGGUUGAGUAUGGGCCGAAAGCCAGAGCCAGCAAACUAUUUCCAGAGGUCUCUCCAUGGCUAUGUUUUUCGUUGGUGACGGCUGACAGGUCCUACGAUUUCAUCACUUCCAACGACAGCUCAGCCCGCUGCUUUGUUUUGAGUAUCUCUCGACUUUGCGAGGGCUUCGCUGAGGGGAUUUUCAAGACCAGAGGGGAAUUUGAAUCUGCCAAAGGGUGGCACAAGCUGAAGACAGGAACUCAACGCAGAGGGCUGACGCUCUCACAGGUCUUUACGGACGCUUUGCAGCAGCGCGCCUUUCAGCUCCCGCCUGCGGAGAUCGUGGAAGAUGCUGUUGAGCCGGAUCUGCCUGACAGUGGGCCUGUGGAGACGCAGUCGAAGCCUAUGGACUUGUUUGACUUCUGUGACGACUCGCCAACCUCGGCGAAGCAGUCGGCCCCAGCCAUGGUCCCACAGCCGUCGCGGAAGUCAAACCUUCCAACGACGACCUUCGGACCCGCUUUUGCAAGGACCCUUAGCAACUGGAUGAGUGCCCCAACCGCGCCUGGAGCAGCGGCCUGCCAAGGCACCCUUCCGAAGCCAGGCGAAAAUUGGGUCUUCACCGGUGCGGUAGAUCGCGUUGACCUGUAUCGAGAUCCUGGUGGAGCAGAAUGGGUCAACGAAAUGACCUGUCGGGGUCCAAACAACGACCGGAGGAUGGUCACGAUCCUGUCGAUGCUGCCGCAGCAGCGGAUGGUGGAGAUCAGGCUUGCUUAG